CUAAAUAUUUAGAAAAUAUUCAAAUCCCCAAGGAAACCACGCCCACUGCAGUGGCUUCAAAUCGCGCUGCACCGCCGCCCCCCGCUCCCACCCCACGACGCUGUGGUGAAAGCAAAUGACUUAGGUGAAAGGCAGGCAUGGCCGGUUCUCUAGGUCUAGGAGACAUUGAACGGGCUGUCAUUGCAGGUGUGCGGGCUGCACUCCAUGGUGUACCUCCCCCGGUCCAGUCCACAACAUCAACGGUUUCAACACCAGCGGUGCCCAGUGCCACAAGCACUUCCAACUUCACGUCACUGAGAUCAGCUCCUCUGCCAUCCAUCCCUCGACGUAAUGGGGCUCAAUCAGGAUACUUGAGACGAAGGCAUGUCAAAACAUACACAAAAGAAGUUAUAUGUUUACCUUUUUCACCGGGGGCAUCGGUCUUCGUUAUACCCAGAGAAACUCGGACCAGGUUAGCUACGGCUGGCCUUGUUGGAAAAAUGUCAUUUUCCACAGAAUGGUCUGAAGACCAAGUGAGAGCUGAAAUAACCGCUAUCUUCAGUGGAGCAUUUGGGUUAUCAGAGCACCAGUCGCUUCAAUUUCAGUUUUUGAGCAUCAUCAAGGGGUGUAAAAAACUGAUGAUACCAAAGGUCACCUCCAAUUUCCCCUGGGGUGGUAAAGAAGUUGCCUCCGUGUGUUCCAGCACUUGUUUGUAUAUCAUGGCAGAAAUGGAAGUUCCUGCACAGAGCUGGUAUGUGGAGCUGUCUGAUGACAGUGAUUUUGAAAACCCGGUUGUACAACGAAGGAGAGUGAGUCAGAGAGAUGCACCGUCCAGAGCCCAGAGGGAACACUGUGAGAGGCAAGAGAGGGUGGAAGCCAGUGCUCCAUCUGAUGAUGGGAUGGAACUACAGGGACAGCAAGGGCCAAAUGAAGCUAUGAAUCACUUUGCAGUGAGUGAGAGAGAUGCACCGUCCAGAGCCCAGAGGGAACACUGUGAGAGGCAAGAGAGGGUGGAAGCCAGUGCUCCAUCUGAUGAUGGGAUGGAACUACAGGGACAGCUAGGGCCAAAUGAAGCUAUGAAUCACUUUGCAGAUUUCAUUCCUAUUGAUGUUGAAGAAGAUGAAGCCAUUGAGGAGGCCAUCAGACGCAGUCUUUUAGAAGAGUCUGUGCAGUCCUUACAGGAUUCAAGGUAUACAAGGUUACAGGUAUAGUGAAAGCUCACAGUGAGCGGGUUGUCACAGAAGCAUACAGACCGAUCUACAUCAGCCGAGGGAACGUGUGGACAACUGCUCUCCGAUCAGCACCGAUCAGCUGUAUGUCACCUUUGUCAGUGACGAAGGCACAAACGAAGAUGGAGAAGACCUGGGAGGGCCAAGGCGAGAAUUCUUCUGUCUGCUUGUAAAAGCCAUCUAAAAAAGAGAGUGGAGCAUUUGAAGAGUCUCUAAAUUGCUUCACUCCAAGAAUGAACAUUUCUCAUGUGCAGAAUGGAGUGUACCGCACUAUUGGACAUAUGAUGUCUACCAUCAUCAUCCAGGGUGGUGAACCUCCAGCCCUCCUUUCUCCUCUGGUAGUGGACUACCUUCUGACAGGACGCAUCUUUCAGUUGAAUGUCACUCCAGAUGAUGUAGCUGACAUGGAACUUAGAGAAGCCCUGAAGAAGGUUGAUCAAGCAUUAACCACUGAUGAGCUGGAGCAAGCAGUGGAAUGCUGUGACUCAUGGAGAUACCAAAUCGAAGGUCUUCCGAACCCAGUCAGCAUGGACAACAAAGAUGCAUUUGUGCAGAAUGCAAUACUUUUCCAUGUCCUCAUUCAACAACAGAGCUGCUAUGAUCAGUUAGUUGAGGGUUUGAACUACUACGAGGUUCUACUACUCCUGAAAUAAAGGCCUUGCCUUAGGGUUCUUCUUGAUAUGCCCAAAGAACCCAGUGAUGUCACAGCAGAUGUUGUGGCUACCCUCUUGAAACCUAACUACUCUGUUCUGGGAAGUAACAGAAGACCAAGAGAGGAGUUAUUGGUGGUUAAGUUCAGAGAGUUUCUUGACUGUGUGCAAGAGAAGGAGCUUGGGGACCAUCUUAACACCAGAAAGCUCACUGAGGCAGAAAAGGCGUUUAUCCUGACAUUGAAUCCUGGACACAUCCUAACCUUUGCAACGGGAAGCAGCAAAGUCCUGCACUUGGAUUUUUUCCCAGUCCAAAACUGACUUUUGUUCAUGAUGACACGAAGCACCUCCCCAUUGCUCACACAUGCUCAAAUGAGCUUCAGAUCUUUGUUAACAGAAAGAAUCUGGCAGAUGACAAUGAAUUUGAUUAAAAUGUUCUGGUAGCUCUCAUGAAUCGAUACAUUUUUAGUGCAGUGUAGUCUACAAAAAAACAAUGCUUGGAUUGCACAUUUUAUUUGGAGCCCAGAGCUUUUCGUGGAUGGACAUCAGGUUUACAAGCUGAGCAUCUGGUGUAGCAUGACUUGUUAAAACUGUUAAAACGUUGUUUCGCCUAAAGUCUGAUCUGAACUACAGUUAGUCAGCAUGCUAUAAUCUCCUGUAAAAACAUUAUCAAUGUCUUCUCAGUAGUGUAAAAUGACACAGUAAUUCCUUUAUCAACUUUCUAUUUCUUUAAAUGCAUUUACAAGAAAAAAAAGAUUUUAUAUAUAUUCCUUCAGAGGAAUUUUCACCGUUCACCUUGCUGAUGGCUGACCUAAAAAGGUUCAUAACAGUUUCAGCCCAAUUGUUGUUGAGAAACGUUAACAUUCUACUGUAACCAUCCAUUGUGCCAUGUACAACUAGUUUCCAUCUUAUCAGUUUAUGAUUUCUGUCUAUGUGCCAUAUAUAGUUUGGACACAGUGUAUACUCGUGUUUGUAUUAUAAAUUUUUUGCUUGAGGUUGCACUCUUGUCAGUAUUGCUGUAAAGGUGUAACCAGGUGUGUUCUUGUCUGAUUAAUAUUCAUGGUUCAUUUUAGCUGUAUCAGACACAGACUAUUGCAGUAUUUCAAUUAAGUGGCCAGUUCCUAUAAAUAGACCAUUCCAGAAACUCUGAAUAAGCUGUGUACUUCAGUAAUGAACAUCCUGCAUUGUCAUUUUGUUUUGGUGAACAGAUACCUUGAGAAUGUGAAGUGAGAGUAUUUGCAGACCAUCAGUAUAGUGUAAUUUGUUAUUGGUGGCUAACUGCAUACCUCAUGACUUUACUAUUUGCCUUUUAGCUUGUUUCAGCAGUAAUAUGCACAUACAUGCAAAUGUUUCAUUUGAUUUGUUUGCAAUUUGA